AUGGAAACGAUCUCUGCAGUAACGAAGAAGCGUCCCUCACGUCCUACGCGACCACCGUCUAUUGGAACACGUAACAAGUACGCUGCAGUUGUGCAAGCAGCUGCUGCUGCACGGAACCAGCAGAGCGCCGUCAUUCUUGGCGGCCCUCGGGGCGACGUGGCACCCGGCACGAGGCGCGGCUCUCUCAACGACUUGUCGCUGACUGCACCCGAGUCUGCUGAGGCACGUGCGGCGGCAUCAAUCGCGAGAAAUCCGGGCAGGGGCGGUGCAACUGCACGAAUGAGCGCAUCCACUGCGUACGGACGCGCGCAGCAAUUUCUGGCGGCCUUGCACCAGGCAGGACGUCCCAGCAAUGAGGAGGGCGGCAACGACGCAGCAGAUGCUUCCCAAGUUGCAUCCGGAGCUUCCCUGCUUGCGCCAGCAGCCCCGUUCCAGGACCCGGCCGCAAUUCCUUCACAGCCCGCGCCAUCAGCUGCGCCAGCCGCGCGGGCGAUUGCCUCUCAUCCCGCGCCAUCAGCUGCGCCCGCCGCGCGGGCGACUGCAUCCCAGCCCGCGCCUUCAGCUGCGCGGGCCGCGGCGGGUACUGCAUCACAGCCCGCGCCUUCAACUGCGCAGGCCGCGGGGGCUACUGCGUUUCAGCCCGGCCACACAUCUGCUGCCCCUGCGUUGCUGCAUCACAAUGCGUUGACGGCGCAGCCUGAUGCGGCAGCUGCUCCACAGCCUACGCCGUCGGGUGCUUUCCCGCCUGCGCAGACUUCAGCCAUCCCUUCCGCACCGGUGAUUGGGUCCCUGCCUGCGGCUCCAGAUGCUUUUCAGCCCGCAAGUGCUCCAGCUGCAGUCCACUACGCGGAAACGCAUGCCUUCCAGCCUGCGGCAGCCACUUCAUUCCAGCCUGCGGCAGCCACUUCCUUCCAGCCUGCGGCAGCCACUUCCUUCCAGCCUGCGGCAGCCACUUCCUUCCAGCCUGCGGCAGCCACUUCCUUCCAGCCUGCGGCAGCCACUUCCUUCCAGCCUGCGGCAGCCACUUCCUUCCAGCCUGCGGCAGCCACUUCCUUCCAGCCUGCGGCAGCCACUUCCUUCCAACCCGCCCCUGAUCCAGCUGCCUUCCAGCCCGCGACUGCUGCAGCUGCCUUCCAGCCCGCAGUGGGUGCUACAUUCUAUGAGGAUGAUGAUGGCUACACCAACUAUGCCCAACCUGAUGACCUGGAGGCACAGCCAGAGGUGGAGCCUCUGAUUCCCGAACCGGCAUAUUCUGAUGAGUUACUUGGUGGGGGAAGCACUGACCGUACCGCAACAGCUGCAAACUCUGUAGACCGUGCUGCGUUCGAGGAGCAGGCCGCACGAACCCGCGAGGUGGAACGACAACUACUGCAGGCGCAGAAUGCCGUGCGUCGGCUGGAGCGUCAGAUAGCCGCCUCGCAGCAGGCCAAUGGCAGCGGCGACGCUCAGCAGGCCAACGUCACGGGCGGCGGCCAGCCGGCCCAUGCUACGCCUAACAACCUUCCUGACACAAAUGGAGGAGAACACACAGCUGCUGUACACACAGAGCACGGUUCGGGAGGUGUUUCUGGAGGGGUGGCUGCAGCAGACGACAUUCCCGAUGCAGCAUUAAACAUGGCGUGCCCAACGAUCAGGGUGGAGCCGAACCGCCCAGCGAUCAUCGAUGCGGUUAACGCGGCUUACAAGAGCCAGGCAAUUCUGGACCUGCGACACCUUACACGUAUGCAACGCACCUGGGCGCACCAGUAUGCGGCAGCAUUGGCAGCUGUACCAGGGAAGCACAACGGCUUCUAUGCUGCCGCAACUAAAGCCGUAGACAUAAUCGUCUACGAGACGCCGAACGCGCAUCUGCAGUUCUGGAUCCCGCGCUCCGUGGCCAUCAACGCUCUGGCUAAGGCUUUACGCUACACCGACCCGGCGCAGAUUGAGAAUCUUGCCCUCGUGAUGGAGAAUGAGAGCGACCGUCCCUCGCACUUCACCAAGAAAUUUCAGGACAAGCGCAAUAAAAUCCUCACAAUUGGAAGAUGCAUCAUUUUUUAG